AUGUUACGUUUGAUGUUUCAAUUAACAAAAUUCAAGCUAACAUUUCUUCUUAACUCAACAGGAAAUAAUUUCAACGAAAAGCGAGAACAGAUCGACACGAAGUCAAACCAAUGGUUUGGAAUGACAGUUACAAGUGCUGGUAUUGAUGGCCCGCUAGUGCUAAAGGUGUGGUCAGUUCUUGCUUUUAUUUUCAAUGUCACUUUAGGAAGUUCGAAAGGUGCAGCAAAGGAUUCGCAAUUAUGGUCGAUGAUGACAUUGAAUUUCAUUCAUUUCCUCUGCUAUCUCAUCCAUUAA